AUGCGUGCCGCCGUCGCCAGUACGGAUCACGUUGGCGAACGACAGGCAGUUUUCCACGAACGACUGGUUGUAUGGAAAGCCACCUCCACCGCCACGUCGUCAGUCGUACCCGCCGCAAAGAUGACGCUGUCGUGGAUCCCGCCUCGCCGACGGUUGAAAGUCCGAACGAAGCUCCGAACUCCACCAUCGAAACGGAACGUGAUAUCGUUGUGCGGCCAGUGCGUCUCCUCGUGCCAAUCGCUGCGAAGACGGAUCGUGAGGCCUUGGUUCAGAUACGCCAUCUCCCGCAACCUGGUAGUAACCCCGUCCCAGUCGUACGCAACCUCCGGGAACACAUUGCUGUCCGGCAACCAAGUAACCUUGGUGCCGUUCCCUGGGAGGUCCGACGAUGUCUGCCUUCGCUGCGACAUGUCGUUAACCGUGAUACCUCGUUCGAAGCGCUGCGAGAUAGACGUAUCCAUCACGCCGCACUUCAACCACCGUCCACUCGGACAGCGCGUUCACUACCGAGGCGCCGACGCCAUGCAGGCCGCCGGAAACCUGAUAGCCCUUGCCACCGAAUUUACCUCCGGCGUGAAGGGUAGUCAUUACCGUUUCUAG